AAUAAUUUCGGUUGCAGAGUGGCCGCUAUGAAUUGCGCUAAGCUUCGUCUCCAUGAGAGACUAAAGCCUAGGGCUCGCCCAGGAAGAGUCGCAGCCUCGGGGCCCGACCGGCCGCGACGGUUCUGCCAGAAGCGCCUGGUCAACCCCGCGCACGACGAGGACCCGCGCUGGACAGAUCUGUUCGAUAGAUUCUAUUGCAAUCCAAGUACCGAUGCUGCUGAAAGUACUGUUGGCAACAUACACACGCAACCGGAUGAAGAUUUAUUUCUCUCCGUUCAAAAUAUUAAAUUUGAUGGCGAUAUUAAUGAAACGAAACGACCAAAAACUUGUUUUAAAUAUAAAGCAAUUAAAGAUGGACAAAAGCAUCGAAUGUUUGUAAAACAGGUUGUCGAAGAAAAAGAAGAGUACAUCGAAGACAGUUCGUCGUUGCUCACUUGCUAUUACUUCGAUGACUACAUCAAGUACAUACUUAAUCCUGAACAAAAUGCACCUUCGUCUGACAAAUCUAGCACUUUAUAUUGCGCGCAUAAUAAUAUCAGGCAAAAUAAAUUACUACAAUUUAAAUCAAAACACGAGACCGAUGUUAAAAAAUGCAAUAAAAUUAAUAAUAAUCUUCAAAUUAAAUGUAUCGCCAAGGAAAUGAAGGAAUCAAAUGAAGGGCUGCCUGAUCUAACGUUAGAGGAUGCAAAGGUGGGAUAUCACAAGUCAGGGAAGCGCAAAUGUCUCACGAUAUCGCGGACUCAGAGCCCGGAGAGCGUGCAGGUGAUCCGUGUGGACGUGGUGUGCCACCCGCGCGCCGCGCCCGGUGACGCGCCCGCACCCGAUAGCUCCAAACAAACCCACCUCGACAACGAAGGUGCAUUUCACUCUAAGUUUAUAACCAAUAUAAAAGCAAACCAUUUCUCUAAUAAAUAUCUGCUAACAAAUACGACAAAAACUCUGGAUGCGAAUGUUUCGGGGGGAGCUAAAGUCACUCUGCUUUGUAAAACAUUUAGGCUCUCGAGCAGGACUAAACCCAACAUCGAGAAAUCUUCCAUUAAGAAUCCUACUCAAAAAUAA